AUGGCACCCACAAAAACUCAAGAUACUGAGUUAGAACGCCAUGUUGAUGGCAAAAAUCUUUCGGGGAUUGCAAAUGUGCCAGGACUUAACAUUGCGGCGGCGAAAACCACAGUUGCUGUUACGAACGUACUCCCCAAGGUGGACAAUCAUGCUGCUCAACAAGGAAAUUUGCAUAUAGCAAAAAAUUUGAUCGAACAAGGUCGAGUUAAGGCAACAGACCGAGACUCUCAGAACGCUACCCCUUUGCAUUGGGCAGCUAUUAAUAAUCAUGUAAUUAUGGCGAAAUAUUUAAUCGAUAAUGGAGCUGAAGUAGAUGCUCUUGGUGGGGAGUUGGAUGCUACUCCGUUACAUUGGGCAGCAAGGAGUGGCCAUCUAUCUAUGGUAACUCUUUUAGUUAACCACGGAGCUGAUCCUAAUAUUCGAGAUUCUCAAGGAUUUAAUGGAUUGCAUAUUGCCACACAUUCUUCUACCACUAUGCUAGUACUAUAUCUUUUAUAUCAUGAUAUGGACAUUGAUACCCCAGAUGUUUUACAACAUACACCUUUGAUGUGGGCUGCUUACCAAGGAGAUGCAUCAACUGUAGAUUUAUUAAUUCGAUUGGGUGCAUCCUUAUCUAAAACUGAUGCUGCACAAUUUACUCCCUUACAUUGGGCAAUGAUUAAAGGAAAUCAAUUGUGCAUAAGGAAGCUAAUAGAAGCCGGUGCGAAUAUAAAUGCAAAAGAGGAAAAUGGGAAGACUCCUUCAGAUAUUGCACGAGAAAUGAAGGCUGAUAGGAUAUGGGAAAGGGCGUUACAUGAAUCAGGCAUAAGAGGUGAUAGGAAGAUGAGAAUUUAUAUGUUUAACAAGUGGACUACUCUUAUCGUUAUAUAUUUCCUUCCGUUUCUUCUUCUAUUUGGAGUAUUUAAUACUUUGGUUCAUUAUCCCUGGUUCAUUGGAUUACCUAUGUCCAUACUGGAAUUUGUAGUAUGUUACGUAUUAAUAGUAAAAUUUCUCAUAAGGACACAAAUACCAGAUGCUUUGUUGCGAACACCUUAUUUUACAAGUUUAUUCCAAGCAAGCGCUUUUUGGGUUGGUUUCACGUGGAUUUACAAAUUAUUAUUUGUAACAUCGUAUUUACUUGUGCCAAAUGUAAUAUUUGUCACAUCAUUUGUUUUAUCCAUGUAUUGGUUUUAUACGGCAUUAUUCGUCAAUCCGGGAUUUAUUCAAAAAAAAUGCUCUCGUGAAGAACAAAAACAGUUGAUUAUGGACCUUGCGAAUCAAGGAAUGUUGGAUUCAAAGCAUCUGUGCAUAACAUGCUUGUCACUGUCCGUGGAUACACAAUUGUAUUGGAGUGAAGAAUCACCGCGCAUUUAUGAUUUUACAACUUCCACGCCUGAAUACAUACCAAUUCCAUCAAACCCAUGUUUUUUGAAUGAUACGCUAUGUGGAAUUUUCCAAUAUGAUAUGUGGACUGCUUCCAUAGCUAUUUGGCUUGGACUACAUCUUAUCUGGAUAAUAGGAUUAAUAUGCAUGCAAUUCUAUCAGAUUGCUAAAGCAAAAACUACUAAUGAAAUGGCCAAUUUUCAUCGAUAUUCUUAUUUUGGGAAUCGAGCAAGUAUAAAUGUUCGAGAGCAAAUUAUGGCAACCUUGGUAGCUGGACCUGGCGCAGCUGGAACCGCACAAGCUGGUGAUAAUGGCGAUGAUGAUAUGGAUGAAAUAGAUGAAAGUGUGGAUGAUAGUAGAGAUCGUAGGAAUAGACGACAUAGUAAUCUCGAUUCUCAGAAUUCAUUAAUGUUGUUUAGUGGAAGAGAAUCAAUGACAUCACGUCGAAAACAUCAUCUUAAUGGUCAUGCAAAUGAAAAUCCUUUUGAUUUUGGAUGUUGGAAUAAUUGUGUGGAUUUCUGGUCGCAAGGACAAGCUGGAAUGAUGCAAAAAGUAGAUUGGUAUGAACUUUACGAUGUUCCACUUGAAAGGUAUGGUAAUUUAAAACCAAGAAGUGGUUAUGUGGCUAUAAGGGAAGAUGAUACUGUUUAA